CCUCCCUUCACUUUUUUAUCAGUGUUCGAAUCGCGCGUGCGAGUUCACUUCUCUCUCUCUACCCCCGGAGUCCGUUAUCUGAAAAGACUGACACCAAUGCGCUGUCGCAAUUUCUCGUCCAAAGUCCGCUCCUUGAUGUAAAUAAUUAUCUCUCCUGAAGAAGAUGAUCCCAAGUAUCGCUCACAAGUACAGGGUACCAGCGGAGAUGAAAAUCUUUGAGUCGGAUUCACCAUGUUCCAAGAGAUUCUGCUAGUUGCGUUCUGUUUCGGUGCCACCGCGGUGACAGCCCUAGAAUGCGACCCCUCCAGGUACAUUUGUUCCGGCAAGUGUCCACCCCUUCCAGAAGGGUUGGAUCCCCCCACCUCGGAAGCCAUCUGCUCCAAAGACCCUGACACGGACACCUGCAUCUGCUGGAUCAGCAACCCAUCUAGUCAACUCAACUCGCUGUUCCAAUGUGAAGCCAGAAUCAACGGCUCGGUGUCUAAAAUCACCUGCAUUCCUCCCAACCACUGCUUCAGGCCGGACCCUAAUCCCGUAUGCAUGAUCGUCCUGCACUGCCAGUGCCUCCUCCACGAGCCCAGGCACCAGAAGUCCCACGCCUGGUCGAGGGUCAAGGCCGUCGUCCACACCAUGAGGAAGCAUGACCCCAAGAGCAGGGAUGGUCAUUCAGUAGAAAAGAUCCAGGGUGAUGUUCGAGAGUUCAGCUUGAAGCACCUCAUUUUUCUUCUGGGAUUUGUCAUUGCGCCUCUUCUCUGCUGGUGUUUGCUCAAUUUCUUCCACGAAGGGAAGUGCCGUAAAAAACCUCCUCAACCACCUGAAGCACAACCCAUUCCCACGUCCCGAACUACCACAAUCGACAACAUGGACAACGACGAAAGGGAAAAUCAAGGCGACGAUGCUCCAGCAAUCCCUGCUGUCAUCUGUUCUUCUCCAACAGAGUCCGUCCAGCCUCAACCAUUCAUCAGGCCCCUUCCCUCAGCCCCGGAAGAUCUAGCGGCAGUACUGCAGGCUGAGACACAGCAACCGAUCCUCAUGAAGUGCGAAAGUCCGCCGCCCUACUGUGAAGCACCAGACAGAAAUUACCAAGUGGACUAUGGACCUCCUCCUGCUUAUGACGAAGCCGUAAGAGGAUCAGAUAUUAACGUUCAGCAACUUUGGCAGUCUGUAUUCAUCGUGGACCCGAGGACGCGGGAAAAUGCUUGAAAUCCAUUUUCCUCGCCAAAAAGGACCACUACAACAUUUUUUGUGCAUCGAACGGCGCCAAAGAGCGCCAAUACUCAUCAUUUUCAAGCAAAACAUCAGUUUAACUUGACUGGACCGGAGUCAAACAUGAAUUUUGAGUGAUUUUCAUCAUCAUAUAUGAGAUUUUAGUCAUUCAUUUUGUAUAGCUGUUAACUUUUUAUUUUUUUGUGCAUCUUCCAGUGCAUCGUCGUAGUUCCAUUUUUAACACUGUCUGGAACAGGAGUGGAACUCGUGAAUUCACACAAACUGAAGAUUAGUGAAUCGGCUGUGAAUGAAAAGAUUCCAAACACUCAAUUUGAGAUAGCAUAUACUUCUGUAGAUCAGUGGCGGAUUUCUGACUAGGCGGACUAGGCAACUGCCUAGAGUCGCUGGGCUGAGAAGGGGGCUCAGGCACGUCGAUUUAAAAAAAUGUUAGUUGUCUAAUUGCCAAAUAAAUAAAUUUUAAUAAAUUAAAAUGUAUGAAACAUAAAACAGUAGGACUACAAUAUAUUAACACAUUGAAUAAUUAAAAUCAUUAUUAAAUAGAAUUAAAUUAUAAUUAAAUAUUUACUUAUAAUACAUUAGAAUAUUCAUUCAAUUGUUUAAUAAUUGAAUAUUUACAUUAUAAUGUACUUAAAUUAAUAUAAGAGUCAAAUUAAACUAUUAACUAUUUAAUUUUAUGUGUCUUAAGACAAGCCACAAAAAAAAAUUGACAUUAGAUUUGUUUGAAGUUUUUAAAUCUCUUUAUAAUGUGCCAUAAUAAUUAAAUGCUUUUAUCUGUAAAUAACAAAAUUAUGAGCGAAUGAUUAUAAUAAUGUUUCAAGAUUUUAUUAUUUAAGUCAUCUUUCGCUUGACAUACAGAUGGAAAAAUAAAUAAAUUAAACCCUAUAUAUUGACAAAAAAUAAAAAAUAAUAUUAAUAUAGACAAUAAUAAAAUAAAAUAAAUAAAUAAAUUAUAAUAUAAAUAAAAUAAAUAAAUAAAUAAUAAUUAAAUUAAAUAAAUAAUCAACACAUAUUGACAGUUAAAAAGGCUUUGAAAUAUGAAACUCAGUUGAAAAAUUAAAAGAGGUGUCUCGUAAUAGGGACUGCUUGUAGACGCGAAAUGUCUAAAUCCGCCAAUGAUGUAGAUAUAUGUGCCUAUCUCACAACCACUGUGCGUUGCCAUAUGUGUUUUGUUAAUUUUGUUUUUAAUGCAGCUGAUUUGUAUUUUACUUGUAUACAAAUACCGUUUCUUAUUUUAAUAAAAGGCUUUUUUUUUUUCGA